AUCGACCACCAAAACUGUUAUUGUUUGUUGUGUUCGCGGUGGUGGUUCUUGGAUUAGAUGCAUGGAAAUGCAUAGCGCUGAGAUGUGUGCAGCCAUGUGCAGAUCAGGUUAUACUGCCGCGAGAGAUCUACAGAGUCCCUCUGGCAGCUUUUCUUGGGAGAUCUCGGAAAAGGGUCCGGCAAUGUCAGUAAGUGUACAACAGCACUUUGUAGUCAGACAUUUCCAUAGCUCAACAUCGAAUGAUAAGUGGAAUAACGGUCCCGUAAUAACGGCAUCUACCGCAAGUCAUUCUAAGUCAUCGGCAUUGAAUCAAUAUCCACUAUAA